UUGAUGAGUUACGACGCCGGUCAUUGUAAUUGUAUUCGUAUUUUGAAAUGCUUUGCUUGCUCUGAGCGAUUAUUGCUUGAAGAUGAAGCGCAGGCUGUCGGCGGGCGAUGGUGAUGAGCCGUCCCCCAAGAAAGCGCGUGUCAGUGCGGACGCGAGCGAGGCGGCCAUGGAAGCCGAGUCCACCGACGCGACGCUGGCCGCAAUGGGACAGCUGCAUGGGAAAUUCCAGGGCAAGAUCACGUCGAUGAAGGACCUGAUGCAGAGCGUGCUAAAGAGCAAAGCUCUAUCUGCAAGCAAGAGUGACUUGGCAGUGGAGGAUAUGCGUCGUCAAGGUGUAGUUCUUAUCAGCGCACUCAAGCAUAUCAACCAGACAGCACAGGAGCAAGUUAAGGAGCAGAGAGAGGCAGUGCAGGAGAGCAAGCGUCGUGUGGACAGCCUGCAGCUAGCCCUGCACAAUCUACAUUACCAAGUACUGCACUUAAAGUGCGAAGCUGCCAAGUGCCUCGACUUCCAAGCGGUUGAUCAGAGCGUGAAGCUUGUGACCGAAGACGAGUUCUUGGAGAGGAUGAAACAGACCGCACAGGAUAUGGAUGAGUUCAAAGAUGAUCAUCGUCUGAUGUUGGCCAGGCUCAAGGAUGAACUGGAGCAGAGGAAAGAACUGGUAACAAGACGGGCGAACACAACCAGUGAACGAGAUGCCGCCAUCAGCGAGAUCAAGACGUUGCAGCAACAUCUGGCCGGCAUACGCCCAGGACUGGACACCCUUCUCAAGGCCACGGAGCCAGUGCAAGGUGCUCUGCAGUCAACGUUCGCCGAGCGGCGGCAGAUGCUGGACACGGCGCGUCACCUUCCCGAGCCUCUCUACCUGCUCUUCGCCCAGCUGCAAGCGUACACGGAGACCACUCCCGACUCACCGGCAUCCUCCAUCAGCCUCUCCAUCGGUGGGGACUGCGACGCCGGCAAGAAGAUCACGGCGGGGAAUAUUGAAGAGCAGCGUGCCAAGUUUUUGCGCCGAGAGUGCGACUCAGACAAUGAGGCCGGUGAGGAGGAAGAAGCUCAGUCGCAACCGCAUCGCAAAUCCAAGCGCCGACGCACAGUAACAGACGAGGGACAGCGUCAGACGAUGUGUCUUCAGCCACAUCCCAUGACUGUCAACGUCGUUAUCGCGGAGAAAGGUUGUGGCAAGGUUGAGAUGACGUUCAAGUACUUAUCCAUAUUGAAUAUCGUCACAGUGCAAGCCACACCAUCAUGGCAAGCACCAACCGUCUCGUCCUGCAGUUCGCUACUCACUUCUGCUGGCGUUCUUGGUGACUUGUUGGAAGCGGAUGAUGGCACACAGCCCGACUCUGCUAUUGCGGCCGAAAUCAUGAAACAACAGCACAUGGCUCCGUUUCAUCAUUACGUGGACUCGGCAGGCCGGGCAUAUCACUGGCUGCAGCGCUUGGCCGGCAUUAACCGGGCAGAGAGAACAACUGAGUCUCCUAAGCAACUGGACGAAGUGGUCAAGGCAAUACGCGCGCGUAUCGAUAGUCGCUUUGCUCUGCUGCAGCAACUGACUGCACUCGAGCAAUGCGAGAUACCGAUUCGAGGCAACUCUGCCGCCUUCUUCCCCACUCGUCUCUCUAACAAGCUUGUGUCAUUUGCACAGAUGCGAGACCCUAUGGCACUGUCUUGGGUGUGUGUUUCCUCCAAGAACCACCUCGUCAAGAAAACCGAUAUCUGCUAUAUAGCUCAGCUGGAACGCAAAACCGGCGACAGAGCUCAGCUCCAUGCUGCCGUAUUCAUCAGCCAAGACUACCCGCGGGUCACACCACUCUUCAUCGUUCAUCUCAUCUCACCUGGCGGAUCCUCAUCAGCAACACCGAGUAGUCAUGUUGCUCUGUCACAGUUCACUGCCUUGCGGAAUCUAGAGAAGGAGUUGAACAUACACUAUGCUGAGCUGGUAGACAAGGAUCAUGAUGACGUCGACAUCCUCGGUCUGCUCAUCCGCCGUCUACAGAUGUGUUUUGACGUGCUGAUUGAGACAGACAUGAGCCGUCAAAGCAGCAGCGGUGGCAAUGACCCGGUCACCGAGAAACGUUACCUGCUAGCACAGGGUGGUCGAGAUCACGCCCGUGCGUAUCGCUACAAUGCCAUGCGGCAGGUGUUUAUACCUCGAUGAUUUAGUCAUGUUCUAGCGUGAUGAUGUACGCAUGCUCCGUCGAUUGAUGUACUGGUGCGGACGGUGUUAUCCGUAGCGUAUCAUGGCCCAUGGCGAUGUCAUCAUUGCCGUACCAUGGCUCAUGGUGAUGUCAUCGUUACCGUACCAUGGUUCAUGAUGAUGUAAUCUUACCAUAUCAUUGCUCAUGGUGAUGUCAUUACUAAUGUGCCAUGCCUCAUGGUGAUGUCAUCAUGUUCUACAGCGGUUAUGUGAUCAUGGCAUCGUGUUCCUGGCACAGUGGGCUUCGUGGUCAUACCUUCAACGCCAGUGAACUAUCUCCUCUGUACCGCAAUAGCUGCCAACGCCGGUGGUGGGCAUUCGUGCAGACUUGAUCCCGUGUCGACCGUUUGAAAUCUGGCCAUUCUGCAUGCCCCAAGUGUGUGGGCUUGACUUGUUAUGCAAGCUUUGUUUUGCUAGUUCUCUGCUCCCAUUGAUCUCUGAAAGUGGACGUUGAAAUCGCCAACGGUUGUGGUGCUGCUGUGCGACCACGGACAUUUUACGCUGGAGCUGUUGCUUCGUGACGUACGAUUGGCCGCCAGUGUUUGCGGCCCGAUACUGCUGCUCCGUGUCUCUCUCUAUCUCUCUCUCUCUCUCUCUCUCUCUCUCUCUCUCUCUCUCUCUCUCUCUCUCUCUCUCUCUCUCUCCCUCUCUCUCUCCCUCUCUUGCGUCGCAGUGCGCAUCUAGCACAUAGCUGCAUCGCUCGCUGUAUGACCUCAUUGCGAAGCCUGUCCAUGGAUUGUCCAUGGAUGUUCCAUGCUGUAUGUGAGGACAGUGGCCAGCAUCCCGGCUGUAGCCAUGGCUACACAUUGUUACCACCACCCACGCUGUUACCAUGCCGACGUGCUUUCCUGCAUAACAGUAUUUGCUGUGUGUGUGCGUGUGUCAGCCAGGAGCCGUGCUCUAACCCUGUUCUGUUCUGCCCUGCAGCAUGCAGAGCACGGACGGCUGGGUGUUAUCUUGAAAAUUCUCAUCACCCGCUGCCGCAACCUGUAGCUGGUCGCUUAGCUGACCGGCUGGUUGUGAAGGCUUGCUGAUCAUUAUUAUUCUGUAUAGUUGUACUAUUUCGCUUGGCUCUUGUUCUUGUGUUUUGCACCCUCUUUGCAUCUGCCUGUAUUUGUGCACGAUGCAUGUAUGUGUACCUUUGUGGCUCUAGGUUUUCAUUUCUGUUCAAUUUCUUUCUGCUAAGUUAUUGCGGUGAUGCAUUAAAAAAUUUUAAAUGUG